AUGGAUUUUCGCAAGCUCCUGCGUGAGGCGAGAGCCGAGGCUGCCCGCGACCGCGCUGGCCGCCAAGAUGUGGCGCCCGAGCGCCCGACGCCUGCUCUCGAGCAGCCUUUGACAGAGCAGCCGCUGCCGCCACCCUUUGACUUGGCGCCACGGCCUACGCUGUCGCUGCCAGCUCAUGCCAUUCAAGACGGUACCAUCUACUACAUUCCCAACUGGAUUUCAGUCGAAGAAGAGCCCAGCGUCCUCGAUCAAGUGCAUGCAGCGGCGCCGUCCGCGUGGGUACAGCUCAAGUACCGGCGCCUGCAGGUCUGGGGUGGCAGCGUCACAACGACAUACGAGCCGGAGCCACUGCCUCGCUGGCUGCAGGCGCUGUCGAGUGGCCUCGUGGAAGCCGGUGUCUUUGCGGCCAGCGAGACACCCAAUCACGCGCUCAUCAACGACUAUGCUCCUGGCGACGGCAUCUUGCCGCACGAAGACGGCCCGAUGUACUACCCGCUCGUAGCCAUUCUGAGUGCGGGCGCAUCUGGGCGCAUGACGUUCCAGCGCCAUCGUGAGACGACGCCAAACGAUGUCCCGGUUCAUUUGACGCUCGACCGACGCAGCCUCUUGGUCUUCACGGGCGAGGCGUACACCAAAUACCUCCACAGCAUCGACAACGUCGAUGACGAGCACGGUGUCAACCAUCGCAUCUCGCUCACGAUCCGCCACGUCCGUCCACCGUCUACGGCGUGCUAAGAUGUGGCCUUCUUGGUUGUUUCUAUCGCUUUGCUUCCCGGUUUUUCGAGCGCAGGUGCGAGUACUGGAAAGCCUUAAAAAAUUGCGUGUGGCCCAGGUGGUAUUCAACGCACUGAACGCCAUAUUUGGCGCCAAAAAUAUUGUUUGAAAGGUCCUAAAUACAAAAACUAAUAUUCUCCAUCGCGUGAUUGCAUUGCGG